AUGGCAACAUCUUCCGUCCUGUCACUGAUUGAGCCUCUGCUAAACCAAGGCUACUGUGUAAUACUGGACAAUUACUACACCUCUCCAGAACUUUACGAGGUUCUUCUUCAGCACAAAACGGAUGCCUAUGGAACCGUUCGGGCUAACUGGCGCAACCUGCAUCCAUGUUUUGCAAAAAACAAACUGAAGUCGGGAGAAUUAGUUGCCUGGCAGAAAAGCAAAAUGAUUGCACUUAGAUGGCGGGACAAGAAGGAUGUGUGCCUAAUGAGUACAGAUCACAAUGUCUUCAUAGUGAUGGCACAAACAAAAGGUGGGAAAAACAUUCAGAAGCCUCAGGUUGUCAUUGACUACAACAGCACCAUGGGAGGUGUCGACAGAGCUGACCAAGCUAUGACUUUCUAUCCGGCGAUGAGAAAGCAGCAGAGGAAAUACUAUAAAAAGAUUUUCUGGCAUCUUCUGGAACAGUGUUUGUGGAAUGCCUAUAUUAUGUUCUGCAAAAACAGUGACAAUCUUGUGGUUCAAGUGGACUUUAUCUGGAAAGCUGCGGAAUUCAUUUUCCUCAAGCAUCAAACACAUUCAGUGUCUGUGGGUAGAUCCGGACAGCAUGCUGUGGGAGUUGUCAACCCAGAACGUCUGACUGGACGUCAUUUUAUGGACCACAUCCCACCAACCCCAAAAAAGGCAGCACCUACACGGAUGUGCGUGGUAUGUUGCUCUCGGCGAGAUGAGAGUGGUAAAAAAAUUUGCAAGGAAAUGAGGUUCCACUGUCCUGAUUGCGAUGCCCGACUUUGUGCAGUCCCGUGUUUCAAAAUUUACCACACCCGCGAUGUUUUCUAA